AUGGUUCUAAGAAGCCACAUUCAACGUGCUCUUCGUGAGGGAAGUCAAUGCGCGGAUGUUUUGGCUAACUUAGGGGAACAACAACCGGAGAAAAUGAUUGUUUUAAGAGAAACACUCAAUAGGGUGAAGAAUAUGCUGCAAGCAGAUGCUGCCAGCAUCGCUGCCGGUUGGAGUGGUGUAGACUCGCUCGUGGUGGAGGGUGGAGUCUUCUUGGUGGCGGUGGAAGUUGGACGCAUCAAGGGGGUAGGUCAUGGCGCCUUUGAAGACUAA